GAAUCACAGUCAGUCAGAGAAGAGGAGAAAUGCGUGUAGUAAAUUCAUCCUGUUGACUGUGUGUGUACAUACGUUCACGUUUCUUCUGCCUCUUUUCAAACGGUGAAUGUCAGAGACCGCAACGUUGAAUCUAAUGCGCUUAAGAAUCACUCGCUUUAAACGGAUUAAUUAUGGCAGAUACAAUAUCAGUUAACAAUAACAAUGGGAUGAACGUCACACAAAUAGGCGAUAAAGAUUGUGAUAUCGAGCGUGGCGAAGGACGCUUUGUAUUCGGAGUAUCGUCUUCAGGUAACUCGCGGUCGGCGUCGGCGUCGACGUCGACGCCGGAAUCGGCGUUGGCAUCGACGCCGAUAUCGUCGAACGAGUCUACCAUCGCCAACAGAUAUGAUGUGAGGGCAACGGCCGGAGUGGGGCACCAAGUAAAUGUGCCGAACGUGGUGGGCACGCUAGCCGACCAGAGUACGGAGCGCACGAUCGCGAAGAAGAGAACUACGACGACAAGAUCGGUGAGUGAUUCCUCCGCGAGCAAAAGUCGCUGGAAAACUUUCGGCCGUUUUCUACGACACUUGACUCUUACUAUGCUGCUUCUGGCGGCUGUUGCGGGCGCUCUGGCUCUCAUACUGAUUUAUAUGGGUCCGAUCUAUCUUGUGCAACUCCUUGUCGUGGUCUCCGUCGCCUACUUCGUCGCCGGUGGACGUCUACGAUGGUUUUACAUCGCGCUUAGAACAAUUCCGCGAGAUGUAAAAGGACUCAUUGGAUAUGUUAGAAUGCUAAUGUCAAUACGCGGCCAUCAAAAGAAAGACAGAAGUGUUGCCGAUGUAUUUAGACAGUAUGUGAAUCAUUAUCCAAACAAAAUUUGUCUAAUAUUUGAAGAUCAGAAAUGGACUUUUCAACAGAUGGAGGACUUCAGUAACAAAAUUGCAAAAAUAUUUCAAUCGCACGGUUACAAGAAGGGAGAUGUGAUUGCAUUGUUAUUGGAAAAUCGACCGGAAUUCGUUGGGAUUUGGCUUGGUUUAAGCAAGCUCGGCGUUGUAACAUCUCUGAUUAAUACCAAUCUUCGUAAAACUAGUCUACUACAUAGUAUCAACGUAGCGAACUGUCAGGCGCUCAUAUACAGCGUAGAAUUGUUUGACGCUGUAACAGACAUCGCCGCGUCCUUUGAUGCCAAAUUGGCACUAUAUAGAUUCGGAAGUCAUCCGAAUAUAACACCAAUCGGUUUAAAAGAAAAGGACUUGAACCUUCUCUUGACGGAUACAUCUGCUGCGCCACCCGAUAUAAAAGAGAAAGGAUGUUAUAAUGAUACGUUGGUGUAUAUUUACACAAGCGGGACAACAGGACUUCCCAAGCCAGCCGUAAUUACAAAUUCAAGAUUUAUGUUUAUAGCAGGUGCUGUUCAUUUUCUGGGAAUUUUGCGUAAUUCGGAUGUUGUGUACACACCAUUGCCGUUGUAUCACACAGCUGGUGGUGUUAUGGCGGUGGGUCAAGCUUUGUUGCACGGUAACACAACAGUAAUAAGAAAAAAAUUUUCGGCUAGCUUGUACUUCAGCGAUUGCAUAAAAUACAAGUGCACUGUCGCUCAAUACAUAGGCGAAAUGUGUCGAUACAUAUUGGCGGUACCGCAGAAAAAAGAAGAUACCGAGCAUAACGUUAGAAUGAUAUUCGGAAAUGGAUUACGACCGCAAAUUUGGGAGGAAUUUGUCAAGAGAUUCAAUAUCAGAAAAGUUCUUGAGUUUUAUGGCGCAACCGAGGGCAAUGCUAAUAUCAUGAAUGUUGAUAAUAAAAUUGGGGCAGUGGGAUUUCUCUCAAGAAUUAUUCCAUCGGUUUAUCCGAUAUCUAUUAUCAAAGUGAACGAAGACGGAGAACCAAUACGCGACUCUAAAGGAUUAUGUCAAGUUUGCGAGCCAAAUGAGCCUGGAGUGUUUAUAGGAAAAAUUGAAUCAAAUAAUCCCGCGAGAGCAUUUUUGGGAUAUGUUGAUCAAAAAGCAUCUGACAAGAAAAUUGUUCGCGAUGUUUUCAAAAAAGGUGAUUCCGCGUUUUUGUCAGGAGACAUUGUGGUUGCUGAUGAACUGGGUUACUUGUAUUUCAAGGACAGAACGGGCGAUACGUUCCGAUGGAAAGGAGAAAAUGUUUCGACUUCUGAAAUUGAAGCGAUAGUCAGCAAUCUUAUCAAUUAUCGAGACUGUAUUGUAUACGGAGUUGAGAUUCGAGGUAACGAAGGUAGAGCGGGAAUGGCUGCUAUUUACGAUGAAGACGGGACACUUGAUGUGAACAAAUUAGCUUCUGAUAUUCAGGAACAGUUACCCGCCUAUGCUAGGCCACAAUUUGUUAGAAUUCUGACAAAGAUUGAUCUCACAGGAACGUUUAAACUGAAGAAGAAAGAUCUACAAGAAGAAGGAUACAAUCCUUCUAAAGUAAAAGACAAACUCUAUUAUUUUAAUGCUAAGCUUGGAUAUCAACCAUUGACGCCAGAAGUUUACAACGAGAUUCAAGAAGGAAAACUUAAGUUCUAAAACCUCAACUUUUUAUAAAUGAAAUGAAUGAGAGAAGUUUACUGAGAUGACAAAAAGACUAUAAUAUUGUCAGCAGCUGUAGGCAGUAUAUUAGUAUAAAUACGUUAACUUAUUAUGUUUUAAGCAAAUUUGUCAUCAAGAUAAAGUAAAUAACGCAACAAAGGUGUGGUGAAAAUAGAACAUAUACACAUAUAAUGCAAAAUAUGUACAAAAGAAGUUAGACAGUUGAACAACACAAUUCAAAUUACUUAUUUUUUUUUUAAUUUAUUUUCUAUGAUAAGCCUUUUUAAGUCUUCACAGUUUAUAUAUUAUAUAUUUUAUAUAAAUAUAUAUACAUAUAUAUAUAUAUAUAUUUUAUAAAUCUUAUUUAAUUAACUGGUAAAUGUGACUGUCUGUCUUCUCUGAAUCACUCAUUUCCAAAUUGUAAUAUUUGUUUUUUGUAUUGUACUCUUCCGCUCUCUUCCCUUUCGCAUAUAAUAUUUGUAC